AGCCAUUUGUCACCUUAGAUUCUUGGAUCUAGCUUAUAUAUAAUACGGCAUAGAUGGAUUUUAAACCUUGCAUCAACAGUUACCAUUAGACACAGGAUUGGUACUUCUGAACGCUGAUUUCUCAAACUUCUGCAACCAUUAGAGGAUUUCGGUGAUUAGUGGCCAUUUCUGUUGAAGAUAGAUUAUGAUUUUAUCUAUGCUCCAAAAGGGGAGAUAAUUCUCAGAUUGUCCCCAAAGAUGGAAUAACCUUAAUUUUUUUUUAAUAUUCCAUACUAAACUUCUUACAUAUAGGGAAAUAAACUGGUUGGUAACAUGAUGCUCACUUCAUUUUCAGUGGCUGUGUUUGAGAUGAAAUUUAGCAAUUACUAUGCCAGUUAUUCUUUGGUGAGAUGGUCACAAGUUCCUUUUAUUUCUCUUUUCUGAUUCCGGAUGCCAUAUUCUUCUCAUCUUCUCUCCAUGCUUUUGGAUUCGUGAGAUUGCAUCUAAUGGGUCCCCAAAAGAAUAAUAAUUGAUGAGGCAACUUUGUUUAAAUGACUCUUGAUUCACCCGACCUUCUCAUAAUGACCUAAAAAAUACCAGCAUCAUUCCAGAAUCUCCUUUUCCUGUUAUGGAAUAUAUUAAAGGGUGAAAGGAGCUUCAUGUACGGCAGCUGGUUAAAGAGAAAGUCUUCGACUCAUAUCUCAUCCGUAGAAUAGAAACGGGACUGCAGAAUAUGCAAAAUCAGAAAAUGAAUUUGGUUCUGUCAACAGAUGCAAAGCCCAGAUUAAAAUGGACUGCAGAACUUCAUCAGAGAUUUGUUGAAGCAGUGGAACAACUUGGAGGGGCAGAAAAGGCAACACCGAAGAGCCUGAUGAGAGUGAUGGGAAUUCCAGGAUUGACGUUGUACCACCUGAAGAGUCAUUUACAGAAAUAUAGGCUGGGGAAAAGCCAACAGCCAGAAUCCUGCAGUGACAAUAAGGAAAAGGAUUACGGAGAGAUUCGGAUCGCCACAGAUGGGCAUUUCAGUCGGGAAGUCAGUGAUGCAGCCCACAAUCAGAUUAAUGACAGCUCGCAGAUUGCUCAAGCUCUCCAAUUGCAAAUGGAAGUCCAUAGGAAACUGCAUGACCAGAUUGAGGUACAGAGACAUUUGCAGCUGAGAAUUGAAGCCCAAGGGAAGUACUUACAAUCAGUUCUCAAGAAAGCCCAGGAAACUCUUACUGGGUAUAAUUCUUCUCCUCAGGGGUUAGAACUAGCAAAAGCUGAACUGUCUCACUUAGUCUCAAUUGUUAACACUGGUUGCCCGAGCUCUUCAAUCUCAGAAUUGACAGAAACAGGAGAUUUUAGUGUUAAAGACAUCGAGAGAAAACAAAUUAGAGGCACAUUAUGUUCAAUGGAAAGCUCCUUGACAUCGUCCGAAAGCUCUGGGAGAAAGGAAGAGAAGCGAUCAAUGAAAGAGAGUGGUGACCCCCAGAAGUCUAAUGCAACUACUCUUGAACUAUCGUUAAUGGACAUUCACCCAGGGAGAACUGAUACAAGGAAUCAAGCAAGUGAGAGGAAGAGAAGUAGAGGUUUCAUUUCUGAUGGUAUUUGUGUAGAACAACCCGUUGCUAAAAGAUCACCAACCCACAGAGACAAAAGUGGAAAUCCUCUGAGAAAAUCUGGAUUAUUGGAGAAACUAGAUCUCAAUAGCCAAUAUCAGCAUGACAUUGAUUCAGGUCCAAAAGUAAUAGACUUGAACUGCAAGGGCAUAGAACGAUGCAACGGCUUGGAAGCUUGAUAAUACAGAUGGUCCUGGUCAUAAAGUCUACCCAGUAAACCUAGUUCUUAAUCUUUUGUUUAUAAAAUGUAUAUUGGUGCAUGCAUGGGCCCCCAAGAACGUUGGAAAGCAUGUUCAUAUAAAAAGAACCUAUUACAAUAUAUAGUUUGUUGAUGGA